AUGGCGGACAUACGGAAGAAACUGGUGGUGGUGGGAGACGGGGCGUGCGGGAAGACGUGUCUGCUCAUAGUCUUUAGUAAGGACGAGUUUCCUGAGGUCUACGUGCCCACUGUGUUCGAGACAUACGUGGCUGACAUAGAAGUGGACAGUAAGCAGGUGCAACUGGCUCUAUGGGACACGGCUGGACAGGAGGACUACGACCGGCUGCGCCCUCUCUCGUACCCGGACACUGAUGUGAUCCUCAUGUGCUUCUCUGUGGACAGCCCUGACUCUCUGGAGAACAUCCCGGAGAAGUGGGUGCCAGAGGUCAAGCACUUCUGUCCCAACGUGCCCAUCAUCCUGGUGGCCAACAAGAAAGACCUGCGCCACGACGAAGAAGUGAAACGGCCAGUCAAGCCUGACGAUGGGCGGGCCAUGGCUGCGCGCAUCGGGGCCUAUGACUACCUGGAGUGUUCGGCCAAGACCAAAGAAGGCAUAUGGGAGGUCUUUGAGGCAGCCACUAGGGCGGCGCUGCAGAAACGGCCCAAGCAGAGCGGAAACUGUGACAAUUGCUGUGUGCUGAUGUGA